AAAUAGAUGAAACAAGUAAAUUCAGACCGUUAGACUUUAAGCGGGUUCCUGGACGUUGUCGUUUAGACGUCUCACUGCUUUGCUUCGUUCCAAUUCCACCUCACAUUCCUUAUCUUCCUUCUUCUUUUCAAUCGUCGUCGAUUUUCAGUUUCCGAUUAUGAGAAUCUGAUUUCAGAAUUCAAAAAAAGAAAAAGAAAAAGAAAAAAUGAACACGUUAAUCUCACCGCCUUCUACAAACCGUUACCUUGGUGGGGUCCCUUACUCUUUCCUCUCUCCGCUUCGAAACAUCACCACCAACCUUAACCUUCCGAGGUUCCAUUCCACGGUUGCUACCAACUUCUUGUCACACUCUCCGGUUCUUGCCACACUCUCCGCACGUGCCACUUCUGAUGAAGUAGACACGCAAACAGUGGUUGAGGAACUUGCAGAGGAGAAGAAAGUGGAAGAGAACACCAACGAGGACAACACAUCCACUUUUUCUUCUCCUAUUGACAAAGAACUUAAAAAGGUUGCUCAGAAGACUGCUGCUACCUUUGCACCAAGGGCUUCCACGGCUACAAAAAACCCUGCAGUGCCCGGAACGGUUCUGUACAGUGUUUUUGAGGUUCAAGGGUAUGUUUCAAUGUUGUUGGGGGGAGCUUUGUCUUUUAAUCUCAUCUUCCCUUCUGAUGAACCUGACAUUUGGAGAUUAAUGGGAAUGUGGUCCAUUUGGAUGUUCACAAUUCCUUCAUUACGAGCUCGAGAUUGCUCAAAGAAUGAGAAAGAAGCUCUCAACUAUCUUUUUCUCCUCAUCCCAUUGAUCAAUGUUAUAAUCCCAUUCUUUUGGAAGUCCUUUGCUGUUGUUUGGUCAGCAGAUGUAGUAGCCUUCUUGGGAAUGUACGCAUGGAAGUUUGGAUGGCUUCAGAGAACGGAUUAAGGAACCCAAACUUGGUUGUUAACAGUUAUCAAGGCUUGUUGGCUCGUCUUUCGCAUGGAUCUCAAUUUUAUGACACACACCAAUGAGAUGUGACAUUCCUUGUAGCACUUCAUGGUCCCCAACUCCUGGAUGAGUGAUUUCUCAUGGAGUAGCCUUUGCAUCUACAAGGGCAGUAAGAUACCGACGUUGCAUCCUUCCUAUUAUCAAAUGAAGAGAAUGCUAUAGGUCGUUUUCAAAAGUUUUGCAUAUUGUAUUAUCGCCGUGUCUCACAUUGCAGAAAAUUUGAAAUUUCAGAAUGUAAUCAAGAAUCUCCCAAAGAUGAAAUAUAACGUAGUCAUGAUAUGUAGAUUUUGCAUCA